AUGAAGACGAAGAAUCAGACACCAUCACCUCUCCCACCAACACUGCCUCUGCAGCUGCUGCCCCCCGGCUCUCCCUUUGCCAACUCAUCAAAUUUCUCCUUCAAUGCCUCCUCCGGCCACAGUCAACCGCCCUCGGCAUUCCGUCCGCCGGGCCCAGACGAUCAAGGCUUCCCAAAUAAUUACAACAUGACGCGCAGAACUUCCGUCUCCGCCGAAUCCCUCACGCCUACCCACCACCAGGAUAGCAACUGGAAAGCGCCUUAUCACCAGAAAACCGAAGACCAGCUAUCUCGCCUGCGUGCUUCCGUCAGCUCCAACUUCCUCUUCUCCCACCUCGACGACGAUUCCGCCAACCUCGUCCUCGGCGCCCUGGUCGAGAAGCCAAUCCCGGCCAAAGACAUCAAAGUCAUCACCCAAGGCGACGCAGGUGACUACUUCUACGUCGUCGAGCGCGGCGCCUUCGAUAUCUACGUUAACCCUGCCGGGCACGUCACCCCUGGCCCUGAUGGUAUGGGCCAGAAGGUCAACACGAUUGGUCCUGGAGGUAGCUUUGGAGAGCUGGCGUUGAUGUAUAAUGCGCCGCGGGCGGCGACCGUGGUGAGUACGGAGAAAGAGAGUACGCUGUGGUCGCUGGACAGAGUCACGUUUAGGCGGAUCUUGAUGGAUAGUGCGUUUCAGAGACGGAGGAUGUAUGAGAGCUUUCUGGAGGAGGUGCCGUUGCUGUCAACUCUUACCCUCUACGAACGCUCGAAAAUCGCGGACGCUUUGGAUACGCAGAAAUUUCUACUCUGGGGCUACCAUUAUCCGCGAAGGUGA